UCUGAAUUUAAUCCCAAUCAAAUAUUCUAUUAUCUUUAUUUUAAAUCAAAUAUUCUAUUAUCUUUAUUUUAAUUUUAUCUUAUUUUGAUCUUUAAAUUCUUUUCUAAAUAUUUCCAAAUAAAACCUACACGAAACGGUGCGUUUGAUUCAAGUGCUUAUUUUUCUUCUUCUUUUUCUGCUUCCUGUUCCCGGAUCCAAUCGCGUUAGGGUUUUUGAGAGUUGCAGUGUGCAGACUUCUUAGGAUCAUCUCUUAGCAGUGAUCGAUUGAGAUGGCAGACGAAGCUAACAGAACUGCUUUCCUUGAAAUUCAAAGUCGCAUGAUCGAUACUACUGGAAAAAUAAAACAGGUGCAAACCCAGAUGCGUUCCAAAGAAGCAGAAAAGAAGCGUGCUUUUCUGACCAUGGAGGAGCUGAAGCAAGUUCCUGAUGAUACUAAUGUUUACAAAUCCAUUGGGAGAAUGUUUGUAUUGGAGACCAAGGCAACAUUAAUGAAUGAGCAGGAGAACAAGUUUAAGGAUGGUGAAGCUUCAAUUACAGCUUUACAGAGCUCAAAAGAAUACUUGGAAAAACAGAUGGCAGAGGUGGAAACCAAUUUGAGAGAACUGUUACAACAAGAUCCUGGUCUUGCUAGGCAAAUAAUGUCAAUGAAUGUAGUGUAAACUUUCCAUUAGUGAAAUUAACUUCCAUUGGUGGGUUUUCUGGUGCAUUUGAGCAAAAUAGAAAAUUCAGGACUUGGUGAGAUGUGAGGAUGUGUACUGCCUGCUUCAUGGGUGAUUUUCUAUCCUUCUCAAAAUGUUGAAUUUGGAGGGAUUUUUGUAAGUUAUUUUAAUUCUUAGAUUGCUAUGUUUAUUACAUGAAUGAGAAUCCUUAUUAGUUGUGUGCAGUAUGGUUAUUCAUGCAACAACUUCUAGUUA